CUGACAGAGGAAUGUUAUGAGAGCAAGAAAUUGAGACUCGCAGAGGUUCAAACAGAAAAGCGGAAACGUCUUUCACUUAAGGAGAAACUGUGCCAUGAAAUAGCUGGUGACGUAGAGGAGGAAACCAUGGCUCAUAAGAUCCAAGACGAAUUAGAUCAGGUUGAAAGACAAGUUUACGUGUUGGAAAAAGAAGAAAAUGAACUAAGACGGACCUUGCAACAGUUGAAAGACAAGUCGAAGAGAGAAAGUUUCAAGCCGUUUGACCGAAGUUUUCUCAUAAAGCGCCAGGCUACAGGUGAAGAUAUCUUUCGCGGAGCGAGCAAGAAAUACAAAGCGCCUCUUACAGAUAAAGUAGACGAGGAGAUACAGAAACUGUGGAGAGAAAGUGGCGACUUGAGCGAUUUUGGUGCUUCAAUAUCAGAGGAGCCUUCAGUACCAGUGUUACACACAGCAAAUAUCAGGCAAGAUCAGUUUGGACGUACAGUCAUCGAUUUGAGUGAAGACCACGAGCGUUCUAGCUCCAAUUCCUCCGAAACAUCUUCUGGUUCAACGUCCCCGGCCGCUAAUGGAGUCAGCAACGGUAUAGAUACGGACAGAUUGCAUUCUGUUUACUCAAACAACAGCGAAGAAUUGAACCAAAGACGAGACGAAACUUCUGAGUCGAUAAGAAAGGAAGGCCAAUUUCAGGACAGCAACAAAGAAGUGGAGAAGAAAUCACUUGACCAUGCUGUGCAGGACAACAAUAGCUUUUUGUCCAUGAACGGCUCGUCCCCAAGCCAUCCGCAGCCCACGAUAAACGGUGAUUUAUCCUCGGGAACGAAACAGCUCAUAGACUUGGAAUCCAAGAGUAUUGGCGACAGUACUAGUGACACAAACACUAUGAACGGAAACAGGACUGACGACGAGAAAACGAGUUCUCUUCAGAUGCCGGCAAACAAUGACGCAUAUACAACGAACAGGGAAAGAGAAGCCUGUUGGUAUAACCCGGGAGAAAUAACGACGAAACCAAGUUUAGUAGAAGAAACGGUUCUUGUCACCACGGCACCAACUGCUCAGUCUUCCGCGACAAGUAGAAUGGAUGGCUUGUUUCUAAAACUGGACGAGGACGAAGGAUUGCUUGGAAACCAAGCUAGAACCACAGACGAUGCCAAGUUGAGCAACACCGGAGGAAUAUCGCCGCGCAGUUUGACGCAAGAAGAACUAAUCCCUUUUGUUUUGGAGGAGAAGAAGAGAAAGGAUGAGGAAAGAGCAAAACAGAGGGAGUUGGAUGAUGAAAUGCGGCGGAAAGCUCGCAAAGAGCUUGAUGAACAGGAGGAAGAACAUAAACGAAUUGCUGAGCAGAGAAGAGUGACGUUCGAGGAAGAACGACGAAAACUCGAGCAUCAAGUUUCUCUGGCGCAGGAAAGGCAGGAGGUGAAGAAAGCCCCGUUAUCUAAGACAGAAGCUGGCAGAGUCAUUGAACAAGAACUGGAAGAGCAGAGAAUACGGGAAGAAUUGACGCGUAUUGAGAUCGAGAAAAUCAAAGAAAAGGAAAGAGCUGAGAUGGAGAAACAGAAAUUGAAGCAUACGAAAAAGGACGAACAUCCGUCCGCGUUUCAAAACAAAGAUCUCGUUCAGAAACCAAUAUUUGACGAGAAAAAAGACUUUCUAGACGGCGGUGAUUUUGAAGGGCUUCGGAUUUCCUCCAAACGGGGGAGUGUUAUCGAUUUAAGCGAAAGUGAUGGCGGUGUAAGCAAUGAGGUAGAUAAAAGGCCUGGUGAAAAUCGUCUAGUUCAGAAGCCUGUGUUCAGUCAGCCGCAGCCACAGCCGCAACCUCAGUCGCAGACCCAGCCCGUUAUUCGCAGAACGAAAGAUACCACAAAGGCAGCAGUGAACAGGAAGGCUGAGAAUCGGAAAAGCUUCGUUGAGCUGGAGAUUGAGAGGCAGAAAGUCAGGGAAGAAGAAGCUAAGAAGGAGGCGGAAGUCGCGCGGCGAAUUCAAGCGAAGAAACAAAUGGAGAAAAACAAAGGUGUUGAAAUAGGAAGCGAUGAAGUCAAAGCGAAAGAGCAUAGUCCUAGAGAAACGUCUCAGACAAACGGAUUGGGUGGGAAAACGGCUUCAGUGAAGAAACAGACUAAACUAGAAACAGUUGUUCCGCAAACGAACGCGGUCAUUGUCGAGUCACCUCCUGCGGACGAGGUCGAUGCCAAACAGCGAAUACAAAACGAGGCAGACAGCAGUGAAGUGCAGUCAAAGAAAGCGGAGGACGAAGAGGCGCGACGGAAAAGACAAGAGGAGAAAGAACUGUUUAGACAGAUGCAAGAAGAGGAACGGAAGAGAAGGGAAGCACAGAAAGCAGACCUUGACAAAAUAAGGAGAGAGGUCGACCAGAAGGAAGCCGAAGAGUUGAUGCGUUUGAAGCUGUUAAAAGAAGAAGAGAGGAAAAAACAGCGAGAACACGAACGAAGGCUAGCAGAGGAACGCCACAAAGACAAUGCUGAAAGACAACAGGGCUAUGAGCAAGAAGCAGCAUCGAGGAAAACAGCCUUUGCUGCACAUAAGUUGAUUCUCGAGCAGCGAGUUUUGAAAGCGUUAGAGGAGAGUAAACAAGAAAAUACACUGCCAAGAAGACGCGCGUCCAGUUUUGAACACCCGACCGAAGGGUUCGAUCAAGAUGAACCCGCCUCUAAAACAGAAGCUAACGAGGAAUACACCAGCGUUGGGGUUAAGCUAAGGAAAGCUAACUUCGAAAAGGCAGGAGCGAGGAAGGAUUCCAAGGAAGAGUUACGAAAGAAGCGAUAUUCACUCAAUAUUGAGCGAAACUCACAGCCGGGAUCUGUCGGCAAGAAAGCGCCGUUUUCCGCUGACGAUGUGUUUGGUAAAGGAGCGCAGGCUCAAAUCGAAAGAGAAGAAGAGUUAUUGCGGCGUGUUGGAGGAAGGGAAGGCAAAUUAUCCAAAGCAAAAAGCGUAGGAGAUUUGUCUUUGAAAAAGGGACAAAAUGACGAUAGGAGUUCAUUCAAUGUUCUUCGAAGAGUUUCGUUCAACGGAGACCAAACCGAUGCAGUCGACGGUUUGCCGACGUUUUCCGAUUCAAGGAUACAAAAAGAGCUAGAAGAACAGCGCAUGCGUGAAGAGUUCGUGAAGAAGGAGAUUACAGAGAGGGAGAAAAAGCAUCGCCUUGAAGAAGAGAAAAAGAAAACAGCUGAAGUUCCCGCUACCAAGAAAGAGAUGAGUCUGAAUGAGAUCAAAAGAAAUCCACUCCCCAGCAAAAUUCAGGUUAAGAAGCCUCCAUCAAACCGAGACUCUCUGACUCAUUCAAUGGCUGCACACUGGGAAACCGUGUUACACUCUCAAGAAGGGACUGACGUUAAGGAUAAGUCGGAGACAAAAAAGAGCAGGAUCGAGAUCGAGAAAGAAGAAGAGAGAAGAAGAGAAGAGGAACUACAAAAAGAAAGGGAAAACGUUUUGUUGGAAAUAAAACGGAAAGAAGAAGCGAGCAAAUCAGAGAAGCAGCGAAAAAUAGAAGAGGAAAAUGAAAGAAAGAGGAAAGCUCAAGAGGAGAAGGAAAAACGUCAACAGCGAACUUUGGCCAUGAAAUCGUUAUUUGAGAAAAUGGGAGGAAAAAAGUGAUCAGAUUGAAUAGUUUUUAAAAUCGGGUGCAAUUCUUGUAGUUAGAUAUGUUAUGAAGUAUGUAGAAAAUGGUCCGACUAGUCCGUAUGCGCGCGAUCAAGGUACUGGGAACGAGUGACCUAGCGCCGAGAGAACAAAAAUGAGUUUGUGACGUCAUGAAGACCUGGGUGCUAAGUUAGUGCACUGCGAUUUUACUGGAUAUCUUACAAUUUAUAGAACAGGUCGCAUGCGACUACUGAACGUUAAAAAAAAUUGCCCCACGAGCUGUUCUGAAUACAGGUUUUAUCUCUCAGUAACCCCUAGGGCUGACACCGUUUAUCCAGCGUACAAACCGGCUCAUCCUGUUUCGUGGGAGGUAUAGUUUACGGCUAGCAAACUCGCGACAAACUCAACUUUCGAUCAUCGUUCGCUGUUUAGACGCCUCGGUUAAUGUUUUUCUCUUUAUACGAGCGAUUUUUAUAUAGUUUCUUUUUUUUUUGAAAACAGUGCGCUUGUACUUUAAAUCAAGAUCACGCAGCGUAUUUAUAAAGUGUAUUUAAUUUGCGUUUUUAUUUUUUGUUUAUGUCAUAUUGACCACGAGUAGUCUCGCAUCCCAAAGGCUGGUUUCCUUAUGAUUGCUACCAUGGUUACGAUCGCCACAGAAAAAGUUGAACGAUCGACCCAUACGACCACUGAUUCCCGAACAUCCCUACGAUCGUCGAUAUAGAACGAAAGUGUGUCGUUAAGCAGUCGUCGCUACGAUCGUGUAACGAUCGCUAGAGAGUGGUUUCCGUAUGAUCGUAACGAUCACAGAACUUUUUAAGGCAGCGAUUGUAGCAAUCAUACUGAAACCAGUCUUGAUGGAUUUUAGGCCCUGUUUACAAGGAGGUAUGGUAACUCUAGUGCUAGCCUGCAGUCCCGGCGUCUUAUUGGGGCGAGUUAGCGUUACAACCUUGCGACCACCAUGUUAGACGGUGGGGGAUCCCCUCACCUAUCCUUCCUCUUUCCUAUCGUUCACCCCCUUGGUAGAACUUUCUUUCUCUCUCCAGUCUUCCAGUGCAUGAAAAAUUCAAGAUGGCGGCUAAACUUUUUACGAUGUGAGCGCUC